AGGUGACGCGUCUCGUGUUAUCGGAUUAUCGCUUAAUCCGGGAUCGAAAAAUUGACGACUUUUAUGCGAUGCAACGCACAACAGUUUGCAAAUGUAGGAUCGAUUCGGCUUCCGUGCGAACGAAUUAGGGUGAAAGUAGAACGAGCGACUGUUCUGUACGUCGUGAAACAGAGUGCGAAAUUCGAAGGAAUAACUCAUGUGUACGAGUACUGGAAGAAGGUGGAACAGAACGAAGACCGAAGGUGGAUGAGAGAUAACUCAAAGAGAAUAAAUAGUAAAAUUGGAGUGAAAGAGAAACUACGUGGUUGAACGUUGCACUGCAUUGGCGUAUUGUGCUGGAAUCGCGUCGACGUUGAUCGUGUAGCGAACGUCAAAAUCUAUGGAACAUAAAAGACGCAACGAGCGACGUUCGACGAACAAUUUCGUCGCUUAAUUUCGAAUGUUGAUUUACCAUCGAUAACGACAAUAACGCGACUCCGGAUAAUUGUCGGUUAGUCGUCGCCCAUCGAAACGAAGCGUUUCGAAUGUGACAUAAUCGACCGGUAGAGACUUAUUAUCGGAUUAAACGGAGAUGGAAUAAAUGUAGAAACAGAGAUAACCGAGAUUGUUGUUAUCAGAAACGACCUCGAUUACGGUGUGUUCGGAUAAAACAGAAGCAUGUUCGUGAUACGGUGAGACGGUAAGACGACGGUAGCCGCUCGUAGAGAAGGGCCGCUGCAGUGGAAGAGAUCGCGGAUAAAAUGCACUUGGCAGCGACGCAGAGACCUCACCCACCACCGGUACCACCACGGCCGAGUCGGCAGGUGGUCGCCGAAGCCCUUAAAAGAUCACCAAGGCCACCCUGUCCGACUAGGCAGGCCCCACCACCGCCCAACACGAAACCGUGGAGAUCCGAUCGAGACCGAUCGAACAAUCGGCAACAGGUGGUGAAUCCGGCUGCUGGUCGGACGGUCGUUUACGAGUCGAUCAAAGACUCGAUUCCGAAAGAAACCGGGAACGAAGGCGGUGAUCACGACGAUCCGGUUCGACACGUCGUCGACAAGAGUCUCGGCGAUGGCGGUAACGGCGGUGAACCCGUUGCCCGAGUCUCGAGUGAAAGGCGCGUGGACGAGGACGACCGCCGUGGAAAUCCGCGGGAAAGGCGGGUCCGUACACCCGUCGUCGGACAGGAAUAUCAGGGAAAUUCCAGUGAAUGGAACGCCGCCGUCACCGGUGACGUUGUUUCUUCCCCUACAUCGCGUCGGAAAGAAGAUCGUUCGAUCUCGUGUCGAGAGUAUUCCAGUGUCUUUGAACGCGUGACCCUCGAUGAACGUUUUUUCAACGGUGUGACCAGCGGUGUGAGAUCACCGGUGAAUGAGAACGAUAAACAGUGUAUCGAUGGACCAACAUGGGACAACACGAUAUCCGAGUCGGCAAUUUCUCGGACGACGGAAUCGUCCGAUCGCGGCGACGUUGCCGCCAAAUCUCUGUCGGUGGUCGAGUCGCACAUAUCUCUGAACGAUGUUCUACGUUGUCAGGAUACGCCGUCCGACACUUCGGAAUCGACAAUUGGAAAAUCGAAAUCAAACAUUUCAGAGAGAAGCGAAUGUUCGGAGAGAAGGCCGAUACCGACUCAACGAUCGUGUCUCGUAAAAUAUCGUGACGCGACGACAAAGAAAAGUGCCGAGAUUCAGUCCACGGAAGGUUCGAACGCAAACAGUCAACCUUCGGUUUCGAAUGUUGACCGUACUACGGUGGUUGUUAUCGACGAACUGAACCGUAAAGCUACGACAUCGAACGAUAAUUCUGACAACCAGAACGAUCGCGGUGAGCAUGUUGUCGACCACGACGAUCACCACGACGAUCACCACGACAGGGACAGAGCCAACGAAAAUGAUAACGACAACGACAACAUCCAUAGGCAGGAUUGGCUAGAGGCCGGUAUCCACUAUUCAUCCACGCAGAUUAGACUAUCUGGCGAAGACGGGGACGUCGUCGAUGGAACGCGAAUCAACGGAUAUAAUCGUUGUGAAAAUGAGAAAUUCAGCAAUUUUAACGUUCCGAGCAUACAAGAAAGGAUCGCCAUGUCUUCCUUGCAAGGUCUACCACCAUUACCGAGAAGUCUCAGUGGAUUCAAUUUGAGCGGUGGACGAAACGAGGGUUGCGAGCCACCUCCACCGCCCACCAGAUCUUCCAGUAAAACACAAAGAGGCGGUAAAACUUCGAUCCAAUCGUCGUCCAGGCCAUCGCCACCUGCUCGACAGCUUACCACGUUGGAUACACAGCUGGCCAUACUCAGGAGAGAAAUGUUUGGCCUUCGACAACUGGAUCUUUCUUUGCUCGCUCAACUUUGGUCCCUGAACGAAUCUAUACAAGAAUUUCGACAACUGUUGCAAGAACAAGAAGACAGAGCGCCAUCUCCUUCGCCCAGCAGCGAAGAAGGCGACGACACCUCUUACGGAACUCAUCCUCCACCUCCUCCGAGAAGACCGGCUCCUGGUGUGCACCUGCAUAGACCACCCAGGCCACCCAGACCGGCUAGGCCACCACCUAGCGAUGAGUCGCCAUCUAGCGAAGAAUACGGAGCUGUUUGACGCGUACAACUUCACACUAUACCUGUGUUAAAUCGUCUCCUCCAACUACUUGAUCAUAAAUUUUGACGCGUUAUAACAGAUAAAUGGUCUUGUUCGAAGAAUUGGUAGAAGGUGGCUCGGCGAUUCGAUGUCAAUCGAUAUGGUUGCUUCUACCGAAUACAAGUCCGAACGAUGUUAUCUAUGAAUACAAUCUAAUGCAUCGUUAUGAAAAACUUGUUGAUGCUCGAAGGUACCUGUAACAUUACAUUUCAUUACGGAGACAUCGGAAAUUCUACUAUUCCACAGCGUUUCUUGCAAUUGCAAUCGCUCAGUCGCGAUAGAUCGUUGCAGAAUUACGCAGCGUGUGAAUUGUAUGGAGAAAUAGCUAUUUAAAUACGCAUGUACCAUUCUUUAAUUCGCAAAACUGUGAAUGUCAAUCCAAAAAAACAACGAUCCUCUUUCUCUUUGUAUAUAUAUACAUACAUAUUGAAUAUAUAUAUAAUAUGUAUAUAUAUAUAUAUAUAGAUAUAUAGAUAUACACUUACAUAUAUUUCUUAGAUAAGGAAAAAUUUUAUUAUCCUCAAUAAGAACUAUUUUAAUUCGAUACGCUCUUUUUCUCUAUUUGUGAUAGCAGUCGAAGGGGCCUUUAAUUACUUGAUAACUACGAUAGACAUUCGUUUGCGCUAAUCGAGAUUUAUCCACGAUUAUUGGUUGGAAGACAUUUAGAAACGAUCCGAGUCUAUGGCACGAUGAAACGGCUAGUGAGAUCCAAAGAACCGCAUUCGGAAGUUCUUGCCUCUUCCAUGUUUCUCCACUAUUACGUCCAUUAGAGUUUUCUUUCUUGUUGAAAUGAACGGACAAACGCACCGAUAAGCCAGACGAUAAGAAUCUUCGAAUUAUGAUACGACUUAUAAAGAUUUAUGUACAUUAAUUCGAGUAUGUAAAAUAAAGGGAAGAAUAGAUGAUACGAAAAAUAUAA